AUGAAUAUAAAAUUAUUCGGAGACGUAUCUAAUCACACUAUUUCACAAUACAAAAAGAUGAAGUUCUCUGCUCUUGCUCUUGCCACCGUCUCUGUUCUAUCAGCUGUCUCCGAGGCCCAUCGCACUUUGAGUGCCGAUGCAAUCGAAAGACAGUUGAACUCUGUGGACAACAAGGCUGCAUUCUUGAAGCAUAUUCGUUCGCUUCAAGACGAAGAAGAAAGCUCAAGCUCUGUCAACCUAACCGGUCAAUACAGCGUCCGUUUCAACAGCUGUGUCUCAAUCGAGCUUGAUGAGGAGGAAGACGAACACAAUGACCAAAACAGAAACCAGAACAACCAGUGGUACGAGAACGCGGUGGCGGUGAAAGAGAUGCUCAUCGUUGAUCUUGUCUCAUCUGAUAGCUCCGUCCCAACUCAAGAAGUUGCAAUGGAUAUUGGAACUUUUGUCAACUCCAUUGGAAGAAUGGUUUACGAACAAGUCGAGAGCUACUGUACUGUCUGCCAAGAGAUUGAAGAAACAUGCGCCUCUCAACAAGAAGGAUCAACAAGCUGGCAUGCCCAACACAGCUCUAAGUAUUACGACGCUGAACAAGGAGCCACUAUCGAAUACGUCGACUGUGACACUUGUGCUCUCUACAACUGCCUUGGCACCGAGGACGAGGGAAAUAGAAAGUUGAACCAAGACCAGGAAUAUGACAUGGAGGCUGCCUUCGAAUACUUGGAGGAACUUUCCCAAUGUCAAGCGUUCUCUGUUAACUACCAAAACAGUGAAUACGCCGAAGAUACCGAUGGAGAAUACAACCACGACGAAGAUCAAGAACAAAACAGCCAAAGUUUGUACGUUGGCUACAUGUGCAGUGAAUACGGCGCUGGUAUUCAGUUGUCUUUCUUCUUGGACGAAGAUUGUUCACUUGCCACUAACGAAUUCGAUGUUUCCGAGAUGAUUCCCGAGAACUCUAUGGCUGGAAAGUACCUGCAAAUGUCUCAAAACCUUGUCAAUGGAAUCUUUGAGAACUCCUUUUCGUGCGACAACAUCCAGUUCGCUAGUCCCUUCAGUAACCAAGAAAACAGCAAUAACAGUACAUGGUACAACUUCCAGUACUACGGCAACAACGCUGAGGUCGACGGUGACGAGGACAUUCCUGCUGCCAGCGAGUACUGUCAAGCCCUCUUUGAAGAUGAGAACACAAUGGCUAUCGAAUGCCAAGGAAUGACUUCUCAAGUUGCUAACGGAAACUGGAUGUCAUGGAUGAACGGAAACAGCGCUCAAAACGAGACUGCUUACAACGAAACUGAAGAAGCCCAAUAUGACGAAGAUGACAUCUGCGCUGCAAUCAGAAGCACUUCCAAGAGCGCAUGGAACUUCCGACAGAACAACAACAACAACAACAACAACAUUUAUAGCAACGAUCGUGACGACAACGACCAGCAAAACUCUGGAUAUGACUAUCGAUCUUUCGGAAAGUACAACGAGGAACACCGAGUUGCAGCUGCCAAGUCCUCCACCGGUACCAUCUUGAUGUACAUCGGUGUUGCUGCCGCUGUCAUCGCUGGAGCCGUCUACUUUACGCAAAAGAAGAAGGAAUCUAACGAAGCCAAGAAGCAAUCUCUCAUUUUGGAGGGAGACGCUGGGGACUACAAGGCCGAGGGAGAGAUUGCGUAA